UCAACCUGACCUAAACUAGCCAAACCAUGAGAGUUGAAGUUGUGUUCAACAUAGACGCCGAAAAUUUCACUCUAGAUUUCAGAGAACUAUCCACAUCAAUGUAUCUAACAGAUACCUACGUCAACAAGAGCUUAGAGGUCAAUGAGAGCUCUAGCGACCUCGUAUACAGCAAUCAGUUCCAAGACGAACCAUUAGUCGUCUUUCUUGUGAUACUAAAAUGCGUCAUCAUGCUCUUCAUUAUUCUAGCAGCUAUAUUUGGAAAUCUAUUGGUUAUUGUAUCAGUGAUGAGGCACAGAAAAUUGAGAGUGAUCACAAACUAUUUUGUAGUAUCGCUGGCGUUUGCGGAUAUGCUGGUAGCGAUAUGGGCGAUGUGCUUCAACUUCAGCGUUGAGAUUACGAACGGAAAAUGGUUAUUUGGCUACUUUAUGUGUGACGUGUGGAACUCUUUGGACGUAUACUUCUCUACUGCGUCGAUUUUGCAUCUGUGCUGCAUCAGUGUGGACCGUUACUACGCCAUAGUCCAGCCUUUGGAUUACCCUUUGAUCAUGACCACUGGAAAACUGGGUAUAAUGCUAGCUGUGGUCUGGUGCAGCCCAGCUUUAGUGUCGUUUCUGCCAAUCUUCAUGGGAUGGUACACUACGGAAGAUCACAUCGAGUUCAGGAGGAGGUUCCCCAAAGUGUGCAGUUUUACGGUGAACAAAGUGUACGCUGUGGUGUCGAGUAGUGUCAGCUUCUGGAUACCGGGAGUGAUAAUGCUGUAUAUGUACUAUAGGAUAUAUGUGGAAGCUGACCGCCAAGAGAGGAUGCUGUACAGGAGUAAAGUAGCCGCGCUACUCCUGGACAAGCACCUCCAGAUCAAUGGGAUCACCAUGGGGGAGGUUAUGAGGGAACGGCACAGCAUACAGAUGCAGCCCAUGGCUAGCAGCAAGAUGAAGAGGGAGCGGAAAGCGGCCAGGACCCUUGGCAUCAUCAUGUCGGCUUUCUUGGCGUGCUGGCUACCCUUCUUUUUAUGGUACAUAAUCACAGCUCUCUGUGGGGACGCGUGCCCAUCCCCCCCUCCAGUCGUGGCAGCGGUAUUCUGGGUGGGAUACUUCAACUCAGCCCUCAACCCUCUCAUCUAUGCCUACUUCAACCGGGACUUUCGAGCUGCGUUCAGGAAAACCUUGGACUCUUGCUGCAGAUCUCUCUGCGGCGACAUUGGCCGAAAAUGCUGCUACCGGCCCCGCCGUGAGCACCACCACUCCAACGCGUCGUCUGACAUCCAUAUGAACAACUGCGUCAAGUCGACUUCAGCUGACAUCUUGAAAGCCCACCACGCAUCCACUUCAAGACCCGAGGAGAUACCGUUUGAAUAGUAGACUUUAAGAAAAAGGCUUAAGGUUGUGAUUUCAGUGACGGUUUUAUUUAUGUGUC